GUUGAACUGUUACCGUUGAAUAUUAUGUCUUGGCAUUUUUACACAUUUAAUUAAUAUAUACUUUUGUUUUAUAAUAUUACUAAUUGUAAUCAAUUAAUUUUAGAAUAACAAAUGAACGAUUACAUUCAAUAGAACGAAAAAUCGAUUCCAACGUUAAUAAUGCAAUUCCCGUAAAGCCACGAAUUCUUCCGUUUUCGACAAUAGAAGCGAUACAAUCGUUUACAAAGGACAACCCCGCCUACGAUGACGUUGUAUGCUACUUCAAGUUCUUAAACUGCAUAACAUUAAAAGACAGCGUGCAUCAAUGCAUGAAGGAAGCCAUAAUGGUACAAGUGGCCUGGCAAUUAACAUGGUGGGGAGUUAAUGACAAUAAAAUCUCAUUUUAUAAUACAGCUUUAUGUACCGCGAUUUACCAAGCCGUAGCGUCGAAUCGCUACUAUCCCAAACCAACCAGGGAAGAAUUUCAAAGAGAGGUUGUCGGAUCUUUGAAAGUAGCGAAACAACGAUUCCGGAAUGCCAGGGGUAGACACCCAGGUGUACAAGGAAACCGGAGGAACUUGCAAGCAGCCGCAGACGCAUUAUUCAAUGAAGAUGUUGGCAACCACGGGGAUAACAAUCGACCAGAAAAUCAAUAUAACAACGGAGAAAGCGAUGACAGCAGUGAACACUCUUCCAACAUUGAAGAUCAAUGAACUUUUGGAUUCAUAUAUAAUCGUUAUAAAAAUAGUAAUGACGAAUAAAUUUAUUAAAAAUUUAGAAUUUUAUA